AUGAUUCGUCUUGUUAGACCCACCAUCCCCGUUCAUUCGAUUCGAUUGUCAAGGACAUACGCAGCGCCCGCUUUAGCCCAAACUGCUUCUUCCGCACCAUCAAAAGGACUAUCCCCCUUGGCUGCCAAAGCAGCAGAAGAAGUAUCGUCGACAUGGAGAGGAACUUCUGCACUAGGUGGCAAAACCAAAAAUUACAUUGGAGGUGAAUUCAAAGAUAGUUCAAGUGAAGAAUGGUUGGAUGUACAUGAUCCUUCAACACAAACCCUUUUAACCAAAGUACCCCAAACAACCGAAGCAGAAUUCGCAGAAGCGGUAGAUGCAGCUUCUCAAGCUUUCCAAACGUGGAGUAAGACUAGUGUGAUGAGAAGACAAAGAGUCAUGUUUGAACUACAACAUCUCAUACGACAGCAUUCGCCGGACAUCGCCAAGUCCAUCGUUCUCGAACAAGGUAAAACAUUCGCUGAUGCCUUGGGAGAUGUCGGAAGGGGUCUUCAAGUAGUCGAAUCUGCUACUGCCAUCACCAAUACUCUGUUAGGUGAUAAACUAGAAGUAUCCUCUGAUAUGGAUACUUUCUCAAGAAGAUUACCUUUGGGUGUUACUGCUGCCAUCACCCCCUUCAACUUCCCUGCUAUGAUCGUACUUUGGAGUGCAGCCUUAGCUACUGUCACGGGUAACACCUUGAUCGUCAAACCGUCCGAAAGGGAUCCAGGUGCUACGAUGAUAAUCGCUGAGUUAUGUGAAAGAGCUGGAAUCCCACCAGGAGUCAUUAACGUAGUACACGGAGGUGCACCGACUGUAAACAGAAUAUGUGAUGACCCAGCUAUCAAAGCUAUAUCUUUCGUGGGAGGUGAUAAAGCUGGUGAACAUAUCUACAAUAGGGCUACUCUACUAGGAAAAAGAGUUCAAGCCAAUAUGGGUGCUAAGAACCACUGUGUAAUCAUGCCCGACGCCAAUAAGAAUCUUACUCUUAACGCUGUCGCCGGUGCCGCGUUCGGUGCAGCCGGUCAAAGAUGUAUGGCUCUUUCAGUCGCUAUCUUCGUUGGCACUGCUAGACAAUGGAUUCCUGAGCUGUUGGAAAGAGCAAAGGAUUUGAAGGUCUCCGGAGGAUUUGAAGAGGGUACUGAUCUCGGCCCAGUCAUAUCCUCUCAGGCCAAAGCCAAGAUUGAGCAUUACAUCUCCACUGUAGAAGAAGAAGGUGGAAAGAUCCUCCUUGAUGGACGAGGUGUUACGGUACCAGAGUAUCCUAAUGGUAACUUCAUUGGGCCAACCGUGGUUGAAGCGACUGUCGACAUGAGCGCAUACAAAAAUGAGAUCUUUGGACCAGUACUCACCAUUGUAUCAGCCGAUACUCUUGAUGAUGCGAUUGCAAUUAUCAACCAGAACAAAUACGGGAACGGCGCUUCCAUUUUCACAAAUUCUGGUUCAACAGGUAGGAAAUUUGAGAUUGAAGCUGAACCUGGACAAAUCGGUAUCAACGUAGCUGUUCCAGUACCCCUCCCAAUGUUCAACUGGUCCGGAAACAAAGGUUCAUUCAAAGGAGAUAUUCCAUUCUACGGUAAAUCAGGAAUUGACUUCUACACUCAUCGAAAGACAACCACCGCUCUAUGGCCUGCUUCAGAUGCUGUUGGCAAUCGAGCAAGCGUCAUCAUGCCUCAAAUCCAUUAG